AUGGUGAGAGAGAUCCUGGCAUUUAUACUCACUACCUCUGGCUGGGUGCUGGUGUCCUCCACUUUACCUACAGACUACUGGAAGGUGUCUUCAAUCGAUGGCACAGUGAUCACCACGGCAACAUUCUGGUCCAACCUGUGGAAAACAUGUGUGACUGAUUCCACUGGUGUCUCCAACUGCAAAGAUUUCCCUUCAAUGCUCGCUCUGGACGGUUAUAUCCAGGUGUGUCGGGGUUUAAUGAUCUCAUCUGUUUGUCUUGGUUUCUUUGGAUCUAUUUUUGCUCUGAUUGGCAUGAAAUGUACAAAGAUUGGAGGACUUGAUCAAACCAAAGCCAGAAUCGUCUGCUUUGCUGGACUCAACUUUAUUUUUACUGGUCUGUGUUCUCUCAGUGCCUGCUCCCUGUACGCUCACAGAAUCACAUCAGAGUUUUUUGACCCUUUUUUUGUUGAACAAAAGUAUGAAUUGGGAGCCGCACUGUUCAUCGGAUGGGCAGGAUCAACACUCUGUAUCUUAGGCGGGCUGAUUUUUUGCCUGUCACUGUCUGAUAGCAUGAACAGAAGCAGUUCAUAUCAGUCGGACAGAAGAGCUUUUGUCAACAGUGGAGCAUCUUUAAUGUCAGUACAAGCGGUUCCUCAGAGUCAGUCCUCACACGUCAGGAGACCUCCACCAGAUUACAGCAGAACCUCAAAACACUUCGACAAAAACGCCUAUGUAUAACACCUACACAUACAUACACACACUGCUGUCUUCACUUAUUCAUGUUGGAUUUCAAAAAGGAGUUUUGCAGUUAUUUGAUUACCUUUAAAUGGCCAAGAAUCAUUACUUUUUGUUGUGUAUCAGAUGUUUCACCUGACUCUAGUGGCUGUAAUUAAACGUUUUGGUCAGGAUUAUGAUUUGAGCAUUAGGUAAUAUUCAAGACUCUAGGGCAGUGCUUCUCAACUAAUUUUGUUUUAGGCCCCAGAUUUUACAAUGGACAUCAUGUAGUGGCUCAACACAGUACCAAAAUCUCACAAAAGUAAACAAAAAUGUAUUUUUACUGAAUAUUAGUCUAAAUAGGAAAACUGACAAUUCUGUAAAUGUAUAAGUAGCAGAAGUGUAAUGUACCAGCCUAACAUAAGGAAAAACACUGUGGCAGAAACUGUAUUAUUUGGAUAGUUGCAUUUUAUUAUUUGCAUUUAGCAUUGUUAGAUAGUUGAGAACCACUGAUCUAAAGCACAUCUAAUGCAAAUUCAGCACCAUGUUUAUGUUUACACAGCAGCAUUGCAUGAGAUUAUGUAAUCUGUUGAUAUUUUAUUUCUUUUGGACUAGUGUGGGUGAUUUAUUUUAAUUAAUCACAGGAUAUUGUGGUUGAGCAGGAUUCUAUUUUGAGUUGAUACAUUCCUGCGGUACUGUGCAGCAAUACUAUUUUGAAAUAGGCCAGACCCAAAUGUGCGUAGAUACUAUCAGCUAAAAGUGACUGGUAAAGAUAUCAUAAGCAGUAGUACAGUAGUUACUACAGUCCUCUAAUCUGAUUUGAGAAGUGGUGGACGGUGAACAUUCAAGGCAGCGAAAAAGUUCAAGUGUUUUUGCACUGGGGCCCAUAAGAUCCUGAUUACAACACGGCUAAAUUAUGCUUUACAAUUCUAUACAGAUUUUAAUUUCAAUAUAGCUAGAAUUUUGAAUAAAGAUAACCUUGUUUUGCUACCAAUCCAUUAAUGUGAAAAAAUGCCUUUUUUUCUUUCUUUUUUUCCAUUUUUAAUAAAUAUGCUAUAUUCUGAUAUAACUUGGUUGUUAAUGUAUUGAUGAUUGAUCUUGAAAAAAAAAAAAUCAAUCUAAUAAAAUAUGUGUCUAACACAUGAGAGUGUGGAUAUCUGGGUGUGGAUGUCAGGGUUUGGGAUUGUCAAGGUGGACUGUGCUACACUGUGCAUAAAUAAAACUGAUUGGUCUAUGCAUCAUUGAAAUUGUUAUAAUACACGACACAAUAUACUCUCAGGAUU